CACUCCCCCCCCCCUUCCUUGUAUUAUUCCCUGUACAAUUCCCUGUCCUCCCCACACACAUGCAGGACCUCUCCAGUCCGCGAAGAUCCAUCGCCACCCCCAAGGGCACCAAGAAGGUCGGAGCGCCAAAGGCGAAAGGCGCGGUGCGCGCUAAGUCGGGCUGCUACACCUGCAGGAUCCGUAGAAAGAAAUGCGACGAGCAACCCAACGACGAAGGUCGCUGCCAGACUUGUGUCCGUCUUCGUCUCCAGUGCCUCGGCUUUGGUCAGAAGCGACCCGAAUGGCUCAAGGAGAACAACAACGUCUCCGUCUUCCGCGAGAAAAUAAAAGACUACCUUGCAGCCCAGGGCAUGAUCAAGGGCCACUCGGGAUCCGGCGCUCGCACCUCAGAGAACGAGGGCAUCCUCCUCCUCGUCCCCGACGCACGAUCAGACAUGUCCAGCUCUCCAACUCCCCUCUCCCCCUCCUCCAGCGACGACCACGGUCCUCGCUACAAUAGCGGCCUCGAAAUUUCCGCAGUCCGCGACCACUACUCCUCCCUCCCCAUGCACACACACCACUCUUCCUAUACUCCAUACACCCUCCCCGAGCUCAGCCCUGACUCCGAUCGGGGCCACAGCAUCCUUCCCAACGGCAACGACCUCAUGUUGCCUUCGUACGGCCAGCCGAGUAACAUAUUGCCUCCACCUAGUCUAGUCUCUUUGUCGUCUUGGCAUAAUAACCAAUCUAUCUACCCCGCUGUUGCUCCUUCUACCCCCUCCGCGCCCGCGUCUGCCUCCUCGUCUGCCUCGUCCUACUCAGUCGUCCCCUACGCUGUCCCCUUGCCCGUCAAUAGCCUAACCCCAUCAUACUAUCAACAAUACACAUAUGAUGAUGACCUCGACGAUCUCUCUGACCCCUCAGCGCCCGUCUACUCUGUCCCCCUCGGCCUCCAUGCCAACAUAUUGCCCCGCAUCCCUGAUGAACAAAAUGAUCUGGUCCGACACUACCUCGAUCAUAUCCUCACCGGGCGCCAAUAUAUGCUUGCCGACAAGUCCAUAUUGGACUUCAUUAUCCAGACCAUACAGUCUAGCGACGCCGUCCGCGACGCCGUCUGCCUCCUCGCCACCCUCCAUCGACAAGCCAUCGGACAAAACCGCCUCUCCAACGGGUCUUCGGACUUUGGCCAAGGGUCGUCGGCCGACGCGCUCAAGACGUACGACCGCAUCUGCAAGAGCCUCAGCCCGAAGCAUACGUACUCGGAGGACGAGGCGCUCACCGGCCUCCUCGUCGUCUCCGCCUUCCUCUUCGACGGCGGUCGGGGGUGCUGGUCGGACUUUCUCGGCGUCGCGUCCAACUGGGUGGAGAGCGUGCUCUCGCGGUUCGACGACACCGCAGACUUUCUCCUGCGGUGCACCGACAGCCAGCGGUUCAUCAUCAAGACGACGUUCUGGUUCGACAUCCUCGCGUCGACGACGAAGCUCGAACCCCCGCGAUUCCUGGUGUACUACCAGCGGCUGUGGGGCGCGCCGUCGGCGUACAUCGGCGAGUCGCGGUUCGCCCCCUCGGCGUCACAGGCGUCCGAGCUGUCGAUGCUCACCGUGAUGGGCUGCGAGAACGCGACGGCGCUCGCGCUCGCGGAGGUGUCCGCGCUCGCGUGCUGGAAGGAGCGCCAGCUGCAAAAGGGCACGCUCAGCAUGGUCGCGCUCGUCGAGCGCGGCAAGGCGAUCGAGCGCAACCACCUCGCACCGGGCUCGCCCGUCGUGCGCGCCGCGCCGCUCGACCCGUGGGCGACGGCGGAGGCGGAGAUGGCGCUGCGGCGGCGGCUGACGUCGAACAUCUUCCGCGCGGCGGCCAAGGUGUACCUGCACUCGGUCGUGUCGGGGGAUUACCCGAACUGCCCCGAGAUCCGCGAGGGCGUGCGCGAGACGAUCGAGUGCCUGCAGAGCAUGCCGGCGGUCAAGUCGACGCUCUCGAGCUCGGUCCUGCGCAGC